UGUUGGGAAAAGUGGGGCACAGUGGAGCCGCGGGGGGUGACCUGCACCCGGGAGAGAACCCGGAGGGGCGAGAAAAAUUUGCGCGGGAGGACGUGGAAGAGAAUAUCCCCAGCAGGGAAGCUCCCCAGAGGAGUCAGGGAGGACGGAUCCACCCCGGCGCGGAGGGUUCUGUGAUGGGAUCUGGGGAGAGGCCGAGGGCUGCGUGCUGCUCCAUGGACUUUGGCAUGUUGGCUGGGAAAACAAGCUCCACAGUGCACCCCAUAAGCCGUCACUCCCCCUACAUAACCCAUCAGCGGAAGAACAAAAGCAAAAAGAUCCUUGCGGAAGAUGGGAAUCAGAGGAGAACGUUCUAGAUAGCGUGUUAGCAGACAUCUACAUCAUACACAUGCCACAGAGCCCUCGCACGACAAUCCCAGAGGUGGUCACACAAGCAUUCAUAGCCUCAAAAAUGCUGGGGAGCCCCGAAUUUAUUAUCCUAGCAGGUUGGGGUGAAGUAAUGAUCACGUGUCAGACUCUUCCAACUUCCUUACCCUCCAAAAAAGUCAGUCUGCGUCAGAUUGAAGGAUAGUGGCUGUGUGCUUGCAGGGCUCAGCUCACCAUCAUGAUCCAUUCUAUGCUCUGAGGCAUAGAGGGUUCAUCAACCAGGGACUGAGGAGAAACCCCACAUCCCCUGGGAAGCAGAGCGCCUGCUCCUGGGCUCACUGUGAUGCCAGCUUGGCGCCUGACUACUGACAGGCCCAGUGCUGCCACCAGCCCCAUCUUCCCUGCUAGUUCUGUUUUAAAGUCCUGCCCUUUCAGGGCUGCAUCCUGAAGUAUUUAUAGAUGAGUGAUGUAAUAUCUAGAAUGUGCUUCAAAAACAGUUCAAGUGUCAGGAUGUGAGUGGGGGCAGAGAUGAAACAGACUGGCCACUUGGGGCUCCUGGGGGAGCCAGAGGAGGAGCUGGUGGAGAGUCACUGUGUCCCUGUGUCUCAGUGCGUGUGACGUGUGUCCCUUCUUCUACAUGAAGUUUGUGGUUUUAGAAAGCGCCGUUCUCCACAGCACUUCCAUGCCGCCUUUGCUGUAAUCACUUAAGUCUCUGAACACGAGCCUGGCUCAUGAUCCACAUUGCCAUGUUCUGAACCAUGAACGACUGGAUGCCCAUUGCCAAGGAAUAUGACCCGCUUAAAGCUGGCAGCAUCGAUGGCACCGAUGAAGACCCGCACGAUCGAGCAGUCUGGAGGGCUAUGCUGGCAAGAUACGCCCCCAACAAAGGGGUCACGGGGGACCCCCUCCUAACCCUGUUUGUGGCCAGACUAAACUUGCAGACCAAGGAGGAGAAGCUGAAGGAGGUGUUCUCCCGCUAUGGGGACAUCCGGCGGCUGCGCCUGGUGAGGGACUUGGUGACGGGCUUUUCGAAGGGCUACGCCUUCAUCGAGUACAAAGAGGAGCGUUCUCUGCUGCGCGCCUACCGCGACGCCGACGGCCUGGUCAUCGACCAGCACGAGAUAUUCGUGGACUACGAGUUGGAAAGGACUCUCAAAGGGUGGAUCCCCCGGCGACUUGGAGGAGGUCUGGGGGGGAAGAAGGAAUCAGGGCAGCUGAGAUUUGGGGGGCGGGAUCGGCCUUUUCGAAAACCCAUUAAUUUGCCAGUUGUUAAAAAUGACCAGUAUAGAGAGGGGAGGCGGGAACGGAGGGAGCGGUCUCGAUCCCGGGAGAGACACUGGGACUCGAGGGCGCGGGAUCGAGACCAUGACAGGGGCAGAGAGAAGAGAUGGCAGGAGCGAGAGCCCGCCAGGGCGUGGCCUGAAAAUGACUGGGAGAAAGAGAGGGACUUCAGAGAUGACAGGGUCAAGGGGAGGGAGAAGAGGGACAGAAGUAAGUAGCGCUCAGCAGCAGCACCGGCCGGAGGAGACGGCACAAGUAAAGGCCUUGCUGCUCUGAUCGCUUGGAUACGAAGGACGAGUCCCUGCUCGAGCGCAGCUUCCUGACGCUGCCGGGGUUUGCAGUAAGUUUCCUCUCCAGUCUGUGACCCAGAUUCAGGCUGAACAUGCUGACACUGUGAGUUAGUCCUCUUCAAGGUCACAUUCUUUAAUAAGCUUGAGAAACAGACUCGUCUCACCAGCAUCUGAGUAGAAAGGCACGUGUUUCGUCUCUUCCCUCUGGUUUGCUGGCGACGGGAUGUUCAGUCUGCACUGCUGGGGGCUCUGAAUAGAUACCACUGCAGUCACAUUGUUCAAAAGUGACUUCUUGCAUUUUUGUUCUGUCAAGGGCUGUGUCUUUGAAAGUGCAGGUUCUUAAAAUUCAAACUGUUUCAUACAAAAUAAAUAGCUGAUUUUGUCUGGAGACUCACACCUUCAUAGGCGGGUUUUGCACAGGAGUAUCACUCACCGGUGCACAGGGCACCUGCCCUAUCUUAAAACUGCUGUCAGCUGCUAGACGUGUUCUAGAAAAAUACACUCUGGAUUUCUGGUGCAGAAGUUUGCUGUCACCCAAGUCUCAGAAAUCAGCGUUGCAGGAACACAUUCUGCUGUCACCCACAUUUCAGGACAAAGUGCUCCCAAAGUGUGUCCUGGGCCAGAGUAGGCAGGUGCUUCAGCUGAACAAGAGUGCUCCACAGUAGAGAGGCUCCCUGGUGGUUACCAAUCCGAGGAUCAGAACAGGAGUGGGUUUUAAAAAUCUGCUCGCUCAAACCCUACCCUGGGCCCAGGGCAAAGUCUGGUGUGGGACCUGGUAGCCAUAAAAGAGAAAGAAAUGGGUAGCCUCACCACAGCAGGGGCUUUAGCAGUAACCUUCAGAGUGAUGUGCCCUCUGACCUAGCUUCUGGGUUAUUUUACAGACCGCCACGCUGUGGGACAAUAAAGGCUAGGAGGUGGGGUCCCCAUUGUCAGUGGGGCCUGCGUGCAACUGGCUCUCCAGUAGACGGCUUCCUCACCUCCCCUUGUGAUACCUGCAGCUGGGUCAUUCUUUGUGGGGCUGCACUGGGCCUGGCAGGGUGCGGAGCAGCACCCCUGGCGCCUACCCACUGUGUGCAGCAGCACCCUCCCUGCCUGUUGUGACAACCCAAACCCUAAACUGCCCAGUGACCCCGGUGGGGGAAGGGGCAAAUCACCAGGGUGGAGACCCACUGUCUCUACUAAUAUGGCACAUUCUCCAGGAUACGUGAUGAAGAAAAGCACAGAAGAGCAUGUAUUUAGGGGAAGAGAAUGCAAGUAAACGUAUUUCUUAACAUAAUUGCUUAUAUUUUUAUGAACUAUUUUAGGAAAGCUACUCAAAGUGGUCAUACUAGUUGCCCUGGGAAGGGCAACUGAAGGUUGUGGUGGUGGUGGGAUGGGGGUUCCUCAGUACAAAUGCUUUUCUACUUUUUGAGAAUAAUAAUUCUAGUGGCAGUCAGGUGCAGGAACCUCUGCUCUAAGCCAGCAUCAUCACAUUCAGCCCACUGGAAACAGUCCAUGUGUGUUCUGUAAACCCACCCCAUGGCUUCUCAGCAAACACUGUAGAAUGCCACCUGUCCGGUGUCUGUGGGUGCUGUUGUUAGGAAGUGCUUGCUACCUCACCAGCCUUGAGCCCUGGGUGCCCUGUGGGUGGAGAAAAGGUAUUAUUUGGGUAACCCCCCCCCCACUCGCCAGGUGUGCCCAGGGCACCUGGCCCCUGCCACCACAGCCCCGCAGUCAGCCAGGUGUAGGGUCCCCAAGUCAUUAUUUCACCCCUCUCUGGCGCAUGUCCAUCCCCACCCACCAUCCCACAUCCCCUUGGGGGGCACCCAUUCCCAAUCUGUUUUAGGGUAUUUGUAAUCUUCUUGGCAGGGGGCUACCUAUUGGUACAGUGAAUGCUAGAAGGAAAAAGGAUGCCAAGAAAAAAGUCCACAAGAGAAACAGAGCAACAAUGUCUCAUCCUUAGCAACUUUGUUUGGUUAGUACUGCGCAACUCACAGCAGAUUGCAAGGCACUGGCCUUGAACAUUGGACAUGCUCUAGGCAUUAAUGGUAACGAGGUGCGGUCCACAAUGGGGGGCUCUUGAACAGCUGUCUUUAGUUUGUGGGUGGAAAUGCUGUUGUCCGUGUUUCCUUUUGCCAUCUGUCUGUCUGAGCUAGUCCAGCAGGUCCUGUGUCUUGGCAGACCCUACUUGUCUAACCUAAUCCAUCCACCCCCUAGGGACACAACUCAUGCAAAGUUGGCCCUGCUUGCGCUUGUGACCAGCACCAUCAUAAAAGCUCUACGCGGAGAAGUUCACACGAAGCAAAUCAAACAGCAGUUGCAGUGGCAAGUGAUGUAUUUGGCUUAAAGAAGUUACUGUGUCACUCAGGUUAAUGCAAAAGUCCUGCCUCAGUCCAUGGUCUAUUAAACAUAUAUCCUAAGGGAUUGGCAUUGUCUAUUAUAAACGGGGGAGCCCUGGGUAUAAAUAAACAUUUCUUUCGCGUUUGGCAUCCGUUUUUCAAUGUGCUUCCUCAAAGCAGACAGUUUGUUUGAGGGAUCAGUUUUGAGGGUGCAUCUGCACCGAGCAGU